AUGGAUGAGUUUACUCCUUAUAUAAAGGACCAAUUGACCUUCUCUCUAUGGGAUUAUGGAGUAUUUUCUGCUAUGCUGUUUGGAUCCACAGGAAUUGGAUUGUUCUAUGCACGUGGAGGGCAGACAUCUGAUGAUUUCUUCACAGGGGGCAGGAGUAUGUCAGCUGUGCCUGUAGGAUUGUCUCUAUCUGCUAGCUUCAUGUCUGCUGUGCAAGUGCUUGGAGUGCCAGCUGAAUCGUAUCUAUACGGUGCCAAGUUCCUGUGGAUGAUUAUGGGGCAGAUUUUAAACAGUCUCCUAACUGCCUACAUCUUUAUGCCAAUCUUCUAUAGGCUGGGGAUCACAAGCACCUACCAUUAUUUGGAAAUGAGAUUCAGCAGAAGUGUGCGACUCGUUGGCACUAUCCAGUUCCUUAUUGGGACUAUCUUAUACACUGGUAUUGUUAUCUACGCUCCUGCACUAAUUCUCAACCAAGUAACGGGGCUGGAUAUUUGGGCCUCCCUGUUUUCUACUGGAGCAAUCUGCACAUUUUACACAUCAGUGGGUGGUAUGAAAGCUGUGAUCUGGACAGACGUCUUCCAGGUGGUGGUAAUGAUCACUGGGUUCUUUGCAAUCGCUAUUCGUGCAAUCUUGCUUGUUGGCGAAGGCUCUGAAGCCCUGGAUAUUGCAAGAAACUACUCCAGGAUUAAUUUUGGAGACUUCGACCCAGACCCCCGCAGACGUUACACUUUUUGGACCUUUCUCUUUGGUAGCACGUUCUUAUGGCUAUCCAUGUAUGGCGUCCAUCAGGCGCAGGUCCAGCGCUACAUAGCCUGUAAGACUGAGACUGAAGCCAAGCUGUCAAUCCUGGUGAAUCAAGUGUCCCUAUGCGUCAUAGUGUCAAUUGCAGUCACCUGUGGCAUUGUAAUGUUUACAUUCUACAUAAAAUGUGACCCUUAUCUGGCUGGAUAUGUCUCAGCUCCUGACCAGUACAUUCCAUAUCUGGUGUUGGAGAUAUUUGAACAUUAUCCAGGUGUCCCUGGGCUCUUCCUUGCCUGUGCAUACAGUGGGACCCUCAGCACAGCAUCUACAAGUAUCAAUGCCAUGGCUGCUGUGACGGUUGAGGACCUUAUUAAGCCAAAGUAUCCACAUAUUGCUGUGAAGAAGUUGAUAUUAAUUUCAAAGGGUCUUUCUCUGGCUUAUGGGUGCGCGUGUAUUAUAGUAGCUGCCUUAUCAUCAUUUCUCGGUGGUGGCGUGCUUCAGGGCUCCUUUACGAUAAUGGGAGUGCUCAGCGGCCCACUGCUUGGGGCAUUUAUGCUGGGAAUGCUUUCCACUUCUUGCAACACUACUGGUGUGUUUUCAGGUCUGGCUGUCGGCUUUUGCCUGUCUCUUUGGAUAGCUGUUGGAGGUACCAUUUAUCCCCCAACCCCAGAAAUAAUGGGAAUGCUGCCCAUCUAUGCAGAACACUGUCCUCUUUAUAACUCUAGCCAAGGGAUCAUCUAUGGCCCACCUCCUCCACUAAACAUUACUGUUCCUCUAGACAGGCCAAAAAUUGCUGAUGAAUUCUACUCUUUGUCCUACCUGUAUUACGGUGCAAUAGGAACCUUUAGUACAUUUCUAUGUGGAAUUCUCGUCAGCCAGUUUACAGGUCCUACCAAAAGAGAAACAUUAGCUCCAGGUUUGGUGUGGUGGGACAACACAACAGCAUCCCGUUUAAAAUCAGAGGAGAAACCAGAAACUGAGAAGGAUUCUCAAGCCGUAGACAAGAUUGCCAUUCAAAACUCGUCACUUGAACUUAACCAAGACUUCUUAAAAUCGGAGAAAAAUGACUUAAUGUUGAAACCAGACCAAAGCGCUUUCCCAGGGAAGGAUCUGAAGAGUGUUCCGGAAAACACAGGGACUACUUUUUGGUCUAGCAACAAGUCUAACAGAGAUUCUUACAUAUAGAUCAUCCUCACAGUGAGAGCGGGAUCCAUUCAUUACUUCGACAGUGACACAGAGCCUGCUAAACAUACAAAGUGCACAAGAGAUAUU